AUGGUCGGCGGCGGCGUAUGUGCGGUUCUCGACUAUGAGACCGAAAUGAUGGCAGAGUAUGUGGCUGAUAUGACAGUCCGAGUUGUACUCCCUAAAUCAUCAGUCUCUGGUGCAUUUCGGAAAUUCGUCAAUCAGAUUCUCAGUUCCACUCGUCUACCGAGCACCACCGUCCUGCUCGGAAUGAACUAUUUGGCUAAAAGAGUCAACACGCUCAACCAGAGUGGACAGUUUACCCCAAAUGAGGGUCAAAUGUGGAAAAUGCUUACCGUUGCUCUCCUCCUCGGUAGCAAGUUUCUCGACGACAACACGUUUCAGAACCGCUCUUGGUCGGAUGUUAGUGGCAUCGCCGUGGCAGAACUCAACACUAUGGAAAACGAGUGGCUGAGGCACAUUGGCUGGACGCUAUACGUCAAUCUUGAUCAGAGCCACGACUACAAUGCUUGGCUCAAGAGCUGGAAGGAAUGGGAAGAGAACAAGAAAUUCCACCAGCUUCAGCAGCAACAACAGCAGUCACAAAUUGCUUUGCGGGAGAGACUGGCACCGAUUGUCACAAACAUCCACCCCGAGCCCGUGCGACACCAUCCUCUUGCCUUCCAAGGCUGGACUCACGAGGAAAUCAUUGACCAGGAACGAAAUGGCUUGAACGCUAGAAUCGCUCAUGCUGGCGCUUACAGAGGUCGGGAGGGUUCCUGGCAGGGGCAGUAUCCAAACGCUUGGCCGCAGCCUCAGGCACCCUUGACUCCGCCCGAUUCGGGCUACGGAACCCCCGAGUAUCUCAAUUCUGCUGCCUCGGUUAACGCUUCAUACGAUGAGUGGUUUGCCCAGGCCGUCAAUGGUGGCUAUAAUAGACACUAUAAGCCUUCCGGUCACGUGCAGGCCACAGCUGCACAACAAGCCGGCUUCCUACUUCCCGCAGCACGGUUAUAG